AUGACUGUUGAUCACCCAGCUAUCAAAGCCAAGGAAUUUUCACAUUUAUUUUCUGAUGAGGCGUUGAAAAGAAAACCAUCACCCAUCAAAACCACUAUGGCAUACUUCCAAGACCCUAGUGUUGUAUUUCUAGGGGCUGGGAUGCCACCAGGCGAGCUUUUUCCACUGAAAACGCUGUCGAUGGAGGUACCAAAGCCUCCGUUUAAAAACGGCAUCGCCGAUUCCGAAGAAACAAUGAAAGCAACUAUAAUGAGAAAUCAAGACGAACUCUUAUUUGCUAGCGAUGUUCCUAUUGCUAGAGCACUUCAAUAUGGAAACUCAAGGGGCCAAAAAGAGCUGUUAGAAUUUUUGAAAGAGCAUACACGUCGAUUUCACAGAAUUCCUUAUGAGGACUGGGACAUCAUCACCACUACUGGAUCGACGCAAGGCUGGGAUGCAUCGCUACGAAUUUUUUGCAAUAAAGGAGACACUGUGCUUUUAGAAGGGUAUACUUAUUCUUCGUCGGUUGAGGCCGCCGAUGCGCAAGGUCUCAACUGCAUUCCUAUGCCCAUGGAUGAUAAUGGUAUCAUGCCCGCGAAGUUGGAGGACAUGCUUGAGAACUGGGGAUCUAGAUAUCCACAAAUACCCAUGCCAAAACUACUUUACACUAUUCCAACGGGUCAAAACCCUACCGGUUGCACGCUAAGUGACGAUAGAAAGCCGUACAUUUACCAUUUGGCGCAGAAGUAUGACAUGAUCAUCAUCGAAGAUGAACCCUACUAUUUCCUUCAAAUGGACAAAUAUACACCCCCAGAACAACGUUCAACCACUUCUCCAAUGAACCACCAUCAGUUCAUGAACUCUCUAUGUAGAUCUUUUUUGGAGUUAGAUGUUGACGGUAGAGUUGUUAGACUGGAUUCUGUGUCGAAAACUUUUGCCCCAGGGUGCCGCUUCGGUUGGCUGGUUGGAUCAAAACAUUUACUAGACAAUUAUUGGAACCUACAUGAAGUAUCGAUCCAAUCCACUUGUGGGUUCGCACAAACUAUUUUAAACGGGUUGCUGAAUAGAUGGGGCCAAGACGGCUACAUCGACUGGCUCAUUGGGCUUCGCCAUCAAUACACUCUCAAGAGAAAUUGCUGCUUGGAUAUUUGUCGACAAUAUUUGCCAUGGGAGAUCUGUACAUUGCCUGCCCCUGUGGCCGGAAUGUUCUUCAUGAUUUUGAUAGAUGCGACAAAACAUCCAGAAUUUCAUACUACUUUUGAAAGCAAUUGUGAUUUACUAGAGCAGCAUCUUUACAAUAAAUGCGUAUCUGCAGGAGUUUUAGUGGCUUGUGGCUCUUGGUUCCGCGUACCAGAUCCAGUUCCAUCUCCUAAGAGUGCAACUGCAAAGAGCAACAUUGUAACCUUCAGAGGCACCUACGCUGCGGUCUGUCCAGAGAAAAUGAAGCUGGGUAUUCAGAAAUUUGGAGAUACUCUAAGAAGGGAAUUCAACUUGAGUUAA